AUGAUCGACGUAAGUCAUUGUUUAAUCUUGUCGACGACAUCAUGUUUAAGUCAUUUUUAUUCAGGAACUAUUGUUACUUCUGACGUGGUCGAAUACUGUAUUCAUGUGACGAAUUUACCCAAUGAUGUUACUGGUGAAGAACUUUCGAAUAUUUUUCGUGUUGAUGUGGGAAAUAUUCUUAUUCGACCUUAUAAUGAAUUACAAAAUCAUUUAGCUGAAAAUCAACGAAUACCUGCGGAAGUUUGGAUUAAAGAUAUUGGAAGCAAGGCAUUUCUUCAAAAAUUAGCCGAGGAAAAGAAUGAAUCUGUUUUACGUGAUUUUUUAAUUCAAUGUCAAGUGAUUCCUGCACCAGUGAAUCAUUUCGAACUGUAUGAAGGUGGUUAUCGUGUACGAAUCAGUAAUUUUCCACCAGAUGCUACUCGAUCGCAAAUCUGCAGCCGUUUGUGGUUAAGAUUCUUUCGAGACUUCACGAAUCUUGUGACCCCAAUGAAAAUGAUCCAUCAGCGCCAAUGA